GCCCAGCAUUGUCAAGCGAAGAAAUAAAAUGGAGAAUUCUGUGUGAUUGUUAUUUUGCACAACAGUACAGAAGCUGUUGUCAAAAAGUGUUUUUCCGACGCAUUUUGCUACAAUUGGCCAACUUACCUUCAUCCAAACUACCCGCCGAACGUUCCGCCGUCGGCCGUCGUUCACGUUCGCGGCUACUUUUGGGCGUUCUACAACGUGUCGCCCUGGAAACGCCAAAAGCCCCCCUUCCCCUCGGUCGAGUGGAUUAGAUUGGUGAAAGAAAAUUGGCUAGAAAAGUGAUUCUUGCCUUGAUACGGGUCCUGCAAAUGGGUGAUUAUUGUUCCGCCGUCGUAAUUGUGAUUUCUGCUCCGGUAGAAUAAGGCGUUCCCCAUCCUCAGAACGGUACGCCCGAUUGUGUUUAUGUAUCCAUCCCCCACGCCGAUUUGUAUGUGGUUGGUGCACAAGGGGGUGAACGAGACGGGUGGGAAGUGGAAAGCAUAAGAAGUGGCACACACAAAACAUACAAUCACCAUCGUACGCCGUUCUGUACCGCGCGCCCAGCAGCAUCAUGGAAAGCGAAACAGCAGUCGCGUGCAGCAGUGGCAGCAGCUGCAUCAAACACCCCCAUCGGUGGUGGUGAUGAUGCUCUCUGCCCGUGAGGAUAAACGUCUGACGACGAUGCAUUACCACGUUGGUUGCCAGAGUGCGGUUAAACAUAUAGACAGCAUAGUAGGCGUUGCUGGAUUGCGUGCGUGAGUGCGUGCGCGUCCUCCGGAAGGAAAUAUUCAAAGGCAGCAUUUUUUCAGGAUGCAAUGGCGCUAUCCGGUGUGGACAAAGUGUGUCAAAAUAAUAAACGUUAGUUGUGCAGCGGUGUAGUAAAAGUGCAAUAUCGAAAAAAAAACACUCUUUAGUGUAAAUCCAAAUACGCCAAAGCAAAGUUCCGUGUACGACGAAAACCCGUGUGGUAUUUCCCCUUGUUCCGUGCGUCAUUUGUGUCAAACAGAGCCAAAAUUCCAAAGCCCACACUGGUCAAAGCAAACGCUAGCUCUGGUCUGGUGGUCUCACCAACAGCGCGCACUGAUACAGCUUCAGUGGAUGGGAAAAGGAUCAACGCUAAUCCACGGACCAGAAUGAAGGAGAUGGUCGGUGGAUGUUGUGUCUGUUCAGACGAUCGCGGCUGGUCGGAAAAUCCGCUAGUGUACUGCGAUGGUCAAAGUUGUGCUGUGGCCGUGCACCAGGCGUGCUACGGCAUCGUAACCGUACCGAGUGGACCUUGGUACUGUCGGAAGUGUGAGAGUCAGGAGCGUUCGGCACGGGUCCGGUGCGAACUGUGCCCGUCGCGCGAUGGAGCGCUCAAGCGAACGGACAACCAGGGAUGGGCGCAUGUCGUGUGCGCGCUCUACAUUCCCGAGGUGCGUUUCGGCAACGUGACGACGAUGGAACCGAUCAUCCUGCAGCUGAUCCCACAGGAGCGGUACAAUAAAACAUGUUACAUCUGUCAGGAGAUGGGCAAAGGAUCCCGUGCCACGGUGGGAGCCUGCAUGCAGUGUAACAAAUCGGGCUGCAAGCAACAGUUUCACGUCACCUGUGCCCAACAGCUCGGGCUGCUGUGUGAGGAAGCCGGCAACUAUCUGGACAAUGUGAAAUAUUGCGGAUACUGUCAGCAUCACUACAGCAAAUUGAAAAAGGGAGGCAACGUGAAAACGAUUCCACCGUACAAACCCAUCAGCCAUGAGGCGAACUCAAGCGAUGGACAAUCGUCGCCCGAGAAAGAAAUGGAACCACCGUCGACUCAGUCACACUCCGGUAGCGCCAGUACCGCCGGUUCGAGCGGUACGGGCGCUAGUGGUAGCGGUGCCGGUGGAAGCAGUAGCUCCAGCAGUGGGCUUAAGUCUAGCAGCCGGCUGUCCGGGGAACCGAACAUCGGUGGCUCAUCGUCUACCUCCUCUUCCUCCUCGUCAUCAUCCUCCAAGCAGCGAAAGUCGUCGAGUGCAUCCAAAAGCUCGAGUGGUUCCAGCUCGAACCCUUCCCUUUCGUCGUCCUCUUCGUCGUCGGUACAAGCUGCAGGUGGAGCAGGUUCCAGUGGUGGGUCCGGUAUGUCCGGGUCUUCAUCGAUGUCCGCGUUGUCUUCGCUGUCUACCACGGGUUCGUCAGGUUCGUCCGGUAUUUCGAGUAUGUCCGGAAGCGGUGGAAUCGACGAUCGUCGCGUGAGCAAUAGCAGUAGCGGUAUUGGUGGUUCUGGCACAGCCGGAAGCGUUAGCAGUAGUGGCAGCUCGAGCAAGAGCAGUUCCGGUUCGUCCGGUGGCACCGGUGGUGGUGGUAGUGGCAGUUCAAGCAGUACCUCGAAGGAGAAGGAUAAAUAUAGUAAAAGUCGCGACAAAAGCUCCAAAUCCUCCAAAUCAUCAAGCAGCAGCGGCAACAGUAGCACUAGUGGAAGUGCUGGCAAUUUUAACAAUAGUACAACAAGUACCAGCAGCAGUUCCGUCGGAGGAAGUUCAAGCCAAUCGAAGGACGCCGAUAUGGGUACUGCGUCCGGAUCGUCUGCUGGAUCGCUGGGAUCACUCGGCGCGAAUUCGUCCUCCCAAUCCGCAACGCAAGGCGGAUAUUCGUCGACCGCCGGUGGCAGUGGCAAUAGUUCCACUGGCAGCAGUACCAACAGCUCGACCAAACAUCACUCGGAUAAGCUGGACAAGGGUAGCACCGGUCCGGUCGGAUCACUAUCUAGCAGCACGGGUGCUGGAUCGGGACCGGGUGCAUCGGUUGCGUCGCCCAGCACGCUUAUCAUAAAGCCACCGCUGGACCAUUCCGGCAGUGGGAAAGAACAGCUGUCGAAGGAAGCGAACGCUAAAACAGCCAACUCAAGCAAUUUCUCCGACUCGGUCGUGGUCAACUCGGAAUCGGUGUACAAUCACGUUGGUUCGGGCGGGAAUUCUGGUUCGACGUCCGUGAUCGAAAGCGGCAAGCUAGCGAUCGGUGCGGGAUCGGGCAGCACCUCGAGUGGUUCGUAUGGUGGUGGUGGUGGUAGUAGUGGCACGGGCAGUGGCAGCACGACCGGAGGGAGUAAUAGCGGUAAGAAACGGAAGGCCGAUGCACGCUCCACCCCAACGUCAUCCGCUGGAAGCAAUGAGAUGGAUUCUAAUCGUGACCUGAUAAGGGAUGUCGCAGUAUCGCUAGUGCCAUUGUCGCUGAACAAAACCGAUCAUACUGAUCCUUUGUCGAUCGGAGUGCACGAGAAAAAUGUGAAAAAGGCGAAAACCGAAACGAACGCCCCGCACCAGCAUCCGGCAGCGGGCACGACGGCGGUGCCGGUUCCAGCACCGACGGAACCGAACCUGCAGAAUGUCACACCGAACCUCAUCCAGCCGACGCACGCCUCGAGCAUCAUUUCAUCCUCCUCCACCUCAUCCUCGACCACCGGAAAACAGCAGCAGCAGCAGCAGCAACAACAACACCAUCAGCAAACAACACCUCACUCGCCUCAGCAGCCAUCAUCGCACACACCGAGCCUGGUGGUGUCGGUUCCACUGUCGACGGCUACCGUACCUGGAGUUAAUCUACCCGCUAGUAACAGUAGUAAUAGCAGUAGCAGCAACGUUAAUCAUAGCGCUAGUCUUAGCAGCAGCAGCAGCAGCAACAGCAAUAGCAACAGUACCCCCAACAUUGUAUCACCCGGUGGCCAGUUGGGUGUCGGCGCCAACGGUAGCGGGAACAGCAGUAGCAGCAAUAACAGCGCUGGAGGCAACUCGCUUUACCAACAGCUUUCACACCGGACGGGUGGUGAUCAGUUGAUGAAUGCCAGCACGAACCGGUCUAGUCCCGUGAUACAGCAGCAAACGACGGCCCAGAACAUUAUACAGUCGUCUUCCUCCAGCUCCAACGCCGGCUCAUCCGCUCCCGGUAGUUCUGCAGCUUCAUCCGCCGACCGGCACCACCAUCAUCAUCAUCAUCAACAUCUCGAGCGCCACUCACCGUCGAUGCGAGCGUCCCCGGCCGGUGGUGGUGCCAAUGUUAUAACCUCACUGCAGCACCACAGCCAAUCACAGCAGCAGGAUCUGCUGUCCCCUGCCGGUGGUUCCGUGCUGCAGAGCAUUUCGCCCGUCCCGAUGAGCACGAUCCAGCGCACCGCCUCACCAUCGACGCUGCUCGGCGUUGGCGACAGCAGUAACAGUAGUGGUGGUGGUGGCGGUGGCGGCGGGCUAAAGUUUAGCUACGAAAAGCAACCGCCAACGACGAAUGCGCGGAUAGCGGCGCUACAGGAAGAGGAAUCGUCUACCGGGCGGCGAUCCAGGUACGGGGUCGAGGCUGGAUCUACUACCUCCGGGGUGCAUCCGGUAAUAGAAAUGGCGGGCCAUGGCGGUUCACAUGGCUAUCACGGUGGUGGUAGUGGUGGGAUCAUUUCCGGCUACUCCAACAGCAGCAGCAACCCACCCGGUGGCAGCAAAUCUAACCACCAGAACAUCAACCAUUCCGGCACCACCAACAACAACACCAUUGACAACUAUCAUCAUCAGCACGCUCAUCAACAACCGUAUCACGGUGGUGGUGGUUCCGCUGGCCACAGCGUACUAACCAGCGUCGGCAGUAGUAACAGCAGCAACAACACUGUCAACAGUAGUAUUAGUAACAGUAACAACAGUAUCCUUAGCAGCAAUAUUAACACCUCCACAAUUACCACCACCACCACCACCACCAACACCUCCUCCUCCACCAUCGCAAGCAGUAGUGCUGCUAGUGGCAGUAACAGCAAAAACACCACCAUCAUCAGUAGCAAUAGCGGGGGCGGUGUGAGCGGCGCCACCACCACCAUCACCGGCAGCCACACUAACAGCACAACCGGCAACAACCAUACACUAGCAAACAGUAGCGGCAGUACCAUCGUAACGGCGGUUACCACCCAUCCGAACAAGAAGCACCGUGGCGCUUCGCACCAGCAAACAAUCGUUGAACUUUCGCCAUCACCAUCUACUUCCAGAACGCCGGAUAUGAUCGUAUCGAGCGGCGCACCGUACAGCAUGAGCUCCACGCAGACCGCCUCCUCUUCGUCCUCCUCCACCCUGUACGGUGGUGGUGGUGGUGGUGGCGGUGGCGGUGGAGGCUUGAAGUUCUCGUACGAAGCACAACCAACGAAUCCGCUGGCGGCCGUUUCUACCGCAUCCAUGAUCAGCAACAGCGUGAUUGCCGUGCCGCAGGUGAAGGACUCGCCGCCCAGCUCUCCGGGAUCGGAUGCGGGUGGCGCCGCUUCCGGCACCACGAUCGUUAGUGGCCGUGGCACGAAACGUAAUCGUAAGAUGUCGUCCAAUGCUGGGCCGGGUGGUGCAUCGACGGCACCCACGAUUGUGCCGGCGUCGAUCGUAGCAGGAGCUCCCCCAGUAAACGAUGCGAAGGAUGGGAAGCUGUUUCAGAAUGGGGGCGGUAGCGGUGGUGCAGGAGGUGGUUCGAUCGUGUCCGCUACCCACAUGCUAGGCAAUCAGCUGAAUCCGAGCAGCAGCGUGGCACAAAAAAUGUCCGAACAGCUGAGCAUGGACAUCGAAGCGCACACGUACGUACCCGGUGGUCCGAUCGAUCCGGGGCCAACGCUAAUGGGACCACAGUUCCCGGGAAAGAAUCGCGCCAAUAACCCACAACCGGUAAUGCCGGUCGGCGGUGGUGGCGGUGGCGGCAACUCGUUAAGCUCGAUGCUAACGGGCGGUGGUACGGCGACGGCUAAUGGCAACACUCCGCAAAGCUUGGAACAGCUGCUGGAGCGGCAAUGGGAACAAGGAUCUCAGUUUCUUAUGGAACAAGCGCAACACUUCGACAUUGCCUCGCUCCUGUCCUGUCUUCAUCAGCUGCGGAGUGAAAACAUUCGGUUGGAAGAUCACGUCAAUAAUUUGGUUGCCCGACGGGAUCAUCUGUUGGCCGUGAAUGCUCGGCUAGCGAUACCGCUCAACCCUACUGCAGCCCUCGGUGGGGUUGGCAUGAUCGGAGGAUCGGGCGGUCCUGGUGGUGGAGGAGCAGGAUCGGCUAUUGCCGGUGGCGCGGCUAUCGGAGCUGGUCAAGGACAAUUUAACAACAUCCACGGCAACGGUCCAAUCGAUGCGAACGUCAUCACCAACGCCGCCACAAUCUCGAGCCGAUCCAGCCGGGGACAGCAGCACGGUGGUCCGCAACAGCAGCAGUCCGCGCAAGGUCCCGCCAGUCACUUUGGGUCCGGUGCGGGAAGCAAUGCGGCCGGACUGCCGCAAGAAAAUGGCAUCGAUUUCCGGCACACCAACUCCUCCCAUUCGGCCACAAACAGCGCUUCGAUAAGCAGUGAAAAACCUAACACAAUCUACGUGAAUUUUUGAGCGUUGCGAACAAAUCGGAAAGUAGCAAUCGAUAAAAUUCACUACAAACACGAGAUGUGUUAAUGUGCAAUUACACUUAGCAAAGAAAUAUGAAACAGUAAAGGGUAGAGAGGGACAAAGAAUGAGAAAAACAAAACCACAACCCGUUCAUGCAUUAGGUUUGACGGAUAAGCAUGAAGCCCCAGAUUUAGCGGAACAAUAGCGAUAGUAGGACGUGUACACAUAUAAAACUAAGGGCAAAAAAAGUAGACAAAUAUUCGAUUUCGAUUUCGUCAUAAAAACAAAACUUUUAAUAUAUAACGACACAAGCGCGAUCCUCUUCAUCCAUCUGAGGAAGCGAUUUUUAUAUCUAUAAAUAUGUAGUAAGAAUCUGUUUGUGUCCCUCCGUGCGAUAGUAUCGCAAUCCUUUAAGCGCACACACAAACACACAUAUACAUUAAAGCGCCACGUCGCAGGAUAGUAGUUUAACCUUUCUCUUAGUUGUAAAUGGUCAACGAUGUCAACGGUAGACUUUAGUUCGUUAUCAAGAAGGAAACAGGAGCUAUAACCCCCCCUGAUAAGAUGUCGGUCGGGACUUCGUUACAAGAGCCCAUAGUGUUUAAUCGUGCAACUGCCUGAAACGACGGUACGGGGAAGGAUUUUGUGUCGGACGAUUGUUUGCAUAUAGUGUACGAUAUAAUUUAUUAAAUAAUUUGCUCAAUCAAUCUAAAAAAAGAGGUAAAAGCUAUGCCGCUUCUUUACCACCCAGAAAGAAGCUUGUUAGCUCCUACUAGAAUCUUAUGACUGGACUGUGCGUAGUAGUAGCGACUGCUAAACGUGUUUAGUUUAAUAGUAGUUGUACAUCCAAAUUCUGUAUAUUUAUUCGUUUUUUUUAUAAAAGCGUGGCGCGUGUGUGUGUGCGCUUAGAAUGUGUUUAAGUUGGUAAUUAUUUUACCAUGAUUUAAUAAAAAAAAAAACAAAUAAAAAGGGCAAUUAUAAUUUAACUCGACGCGGACAAAAGGGAUAUCAAUAUUGAACUCGUCUGAUGAAGCUGCUGUUCCUUUAAUGUCUUUCGUUUGUUUUUGUUUUUUUGCCAGUUAUUGCGUAUCCUGCACACAAUUCGAUGUAGCUAGAGCUAGCCUUAUUUAUACGUGUUUUCUUCUCAUUCUAAAUCCCUUUUUUGCAUAUUGGUAGUGAAGACCAGCAUAAAACAAUACAAAAAAAGCUAGUAAAAUGUGGUUAAUGUGUCGCGUGUAAUAAUACAAUGAAUUGAAGACAUGAUAUAGAUGGUUAGCAAAAAUAUUAUUAAACACCCUUCGUUCCCUUACCACACGCUACAGGUAAAGGUAGCGGCGCGGUAAGGGUGAAAAAUUAAAUGGGAAAAUCAGACGAUAGCGUCUAUCGUAUCGUAUGUAGAGUGUAGUGCUAAAAUACACAUUGAGAGCCCUCAGUCCUCGUAAGGGAGCAAUUUAAAGCCAGGAGCACACGAAUCUUAUUACAACGCAAAUUGGAUAAUAGAGAGCCGCCGCAUUUGAACAAACAAAUAUAUAAACAAUUUUUAACAACAUA